CCACCUUACUCCACCCGUUUUCUCCCAACUCGAUAGACCAAGUCCGGUCUCUUCACAAAUCAUCUAAUUCUUCGGCUUCGAGCCAAUCCCCACUUUACCGAUAUAUUAUUCCCCUCUCUCUCUCUCUCUCUCACACUACAUAAACACAAUUCAAUACAAUCCCCGCGCCUCUGGUUUCCCAAACUUUUCUACUUUCCCGCCAUUACGCUGUUCUUCAACUCCUCCAGUUCGUACCAUUUUUCAUGCGUUGCACCUUCAAAUUCUCUACUCCUCGAAUCGCAGUUUCUCUCAGGAAAUGAUGGUUCGUUUGGUUUUGCUACGUUCGCGGUCUUGCUUUUGUUUCUUCCUUGUCGCUAUUGCAUUUUCUGGGGGGUUUGCAAGUAAUGGAGGUAUGAAAAUGGAGAAAACUUUGGCUAUGAUUAAGCCAGAUGGAUUGCGCGGUAACUACACCGAAAGAAUUAAAGGGGCCAUUGUGGAGUCGGGGUUCAGGAUUUUGGAGGAAAGAAUAGAUGAAUUGGAUGAAGAUAGAGCAAGUCGUUUUUAUGCUGAACAUUCGUCAAGAAGCUUUUUUCCUAACCUGGUCAAAUACAUGACAAGUGGUCCAGUAUGCAUAAUGGUUUUGGAGAAACAAAAUGCAAUCGCAGAAUGGCGUGCUCUGAUUGGGCCAACAGAUUCAGUGAAGGCUAAGGCUACGCAUCCUAAUAGCAUCAGGGCAAUGUGUGGGUUGGACUCUGAGAAAAAUUGUGUUCACGGUUCGGAUUCUCUUUUAUCAGCUCAAAGAGAGAUCUCAUUUUUCUUUGAAGAAGAAACUGGUGAAAUGGUUGGAAAACAUGAUGAAUUAUAAUCAUUAAGCAGUCCGUGUAUAAGCAUGACUAGGUCUUAUUCACGACUCUUAGUUAUGAUUAAUCUCAAAUUCCAAAAGUGAACUGCUGCCAGCCUCCACCCAAGUUCCAUCUUGACGUUGGCAAUCCGAUACCUUGUACCGUGCACACCUCACUUGCUCAUUCGUAUAUUUGUGUGCUACUUGUGGAUGUUACAUGUAGGGUCAGUGUCUGUAUUAGAAAUUCAAAACCGUUUGUCAGCUUUAUUAUCUUCGGUUACUUUUAAGAAGGUUUUGUUUAGGCUCAUACAUACUACCAUUAGGAAAAUAAAACCAUUUUCCUAAUGGUGGGUGAUGAAGGUCCGUGGAUUCUUACGACCUUAUUUAGACAAGAUUUAUUUUAUAGGUUGUAUAAUUGUGUCGUUGUUCUAAGAGGGAUUCGGUGGCUUCUUCAAAAUUAAGUCUUGGUUCUAUUUAUUUGUUUUAUAGUUUUAGUUAGAUAUGCCACAGCUGUGACUCUUCCUGUUUUCCUUGGUAACAUACUUUGGCCUGUAAAUGAUGGACUGCAAUGCUUUUCAAUCGGUGAAAACUUCAAUGUUUUUGUUUCUUGCU